GCAUGCGCGGGGCGGGGCGUUGGCCCCGCCCCCGGAGCGCCGUGCCGGCGCGCGGCCGGAGCGCCGGAGGCAGGAUGAAGGAGUGGUGGGUGCAGGUGGGGCUGCUGAGCGUACCCCUCCUCGCCGUCUACCUGCACAUCCCGCCCCCCAAGCUCUCCCCAGCUCUGCUCUCCUGGAGGUCCUCUGGAAGCUACUUCACCUACAAGGACCAGAACAUCUUCUACAGAGAUUCAACCGGUGCCGUCGGCAGCUCUGAUAUCGUCGUUCUCCUGCACGGCUUCCCAACCUCCAGCUACGACUGGUGCAAGAUCUGGGAAGGGCUGACCCAGCGGUUUCACCGGGUGAUUGCUCUGGAUUUCGUAGGAUUCGGUUUUAGUGACAAGCCUAGGCCCCACCGCUACUCCAUCUUCGAGCAAGCCAGCAUCGUCGAGGGGCUGGUGCGUCACCUCGGCCUCCACCACCAGAGAAUUAAUCUCCUGUCCCACGAUUACGGGGAUACAGUUGCACAGGAGCUGCUGCACAGGUAUGAGCACAAUAAAACUGGAAGCAUCUUGAUCAACAGCCUAUGCUUAUCCAACGGAGGGAUUUUCCCCGAAACACACUACCCCCGGUUCAUCCAGAAGAUCCUCAAGGACGGGGGUUUGCUGUCCCCCAUCAUCACGCGGCUGAUGAACUUCUUUUUCUUCUCCAGAGGGCUUGGGGCAGUCUUCGGGCCCUACACGCAGCCUUCACAGGCGGAAUACUGGGACAUGUGGACGGCGGUGCGGACUAACGAUGGCAAUCUCGUCGUUGACAGUAUUUUGCAGUACAUAAACCAGAGAAAGAAGCACAGAGACCGCUGGGUUGGGGCUUUGAUGUCCACCUCUGUCCCACUGCACCUCAUCUACGGGCCCCUGGACCCCGUGAAUCCACACCCAGAGUUUCUUCAGCUUUACAAGAAGGUGCUUCCCAUGUCCACAGUGUCUGUGCUGGACGACCACAUUAGCCACUACCCGCAGCUGGAGGAUCCAACAGGCUUCCUGAACGCGUAUCUGAGCUUCAUCAACUCCUUCUGAGCUGCUGCAGCUCAGCUCUCACUCUCUGUUUAUCAGUCAGGCUUCGGGGGCGAGAAGAAACCUUGAUUUUUAAUCUCCAGAUCCAACACUUUGCACUAACACCCUAACCUUUGGCUGCCAAACUGCUGAAUUUAUGCAGUUAAAUCCUUUGUGUACCAGAAAAGAUUAGCCUGCGGGGAGGCAUGGACAAAAAUAGCAGCCUAAGUAGAGUUACAGGGUGCUGACAGCUCUGUGUCUCUGUAUUUAGAACCAGGAGGGCUCAAGGGAGAACAGGGGCAGCUGAAGGGAGGCAGAUCACGUAGGUCACUCCUUACUAGGCUACACUACAUGCCGCAGGUAGACAGGACCACCAGCAGCUGAGGAUCGAUGCACGUAUUCCCAAAAUGGAUGCUGGUCUGUUUUUUGAGUUGCUGUACAGGCAGUUUAAAUUACAACCCUCUGCAAAGUGUUACAAUACUUAGCCAGCUUGGCAGGACUGGAGAAUUUGAAACUUGAGUUUGCCUACACAAAAUACAGCAGGAGAGCUAGAUCUGUAAUCCCCCAAAAUGCAGGCAGUGAUACUCUCCACCCAUAAAGGGGUGUUUAAGCACUGUCAUUACAUCUUCAGUAACCCCUUUUUAAUGGCCAGUUACCCAAAGGCAAGCUUUAAACUUCAAUUUUUUUCCGCAUCCCUUAUUUCUCUGAUUUCCAGUUCAACAAGCAGAGCUGCUCACUGACACUACGCCCCUGGGACUAGCUCAGCUUGGCUGUAGCAUGCAGCUCUACCAGGGCAGGCUUGUACUCAUUUCACUAGAACAAGGUGAAUAUGCAAUACUGGCACUAGCAAAAGCCAAGCUGUUCUUCUGAGCAAUAGCUACUCCAGGCACAGGGAUCUGGGACAGGUGGUUCAAUUAGCAUUAAAAUAGUAUUCCUUCCUUCCCCUGAGUUGAUAAUGAAAGAAACAACAGUUCAUCAGCAGAGAGAAGAGAUGCAGAACUUCCCUCACAAGGGAGACACCUUCCCCUUCUCUUACCCACUUUUGAUACAAGCUGUUUCACAUCUCUGAGCCCAGAAAAAGGCUGCACAGGUAUUAUUUGACAUAAGGCUCAGAGAUUUGAAUAUGCCUUGAUAGGUGAAGUUCGAUCUCUCUCUCUCUCUCUCUCUCUCUUUCUCUGUACAUUGAUUUUUCUGUGUGGAACGGAGGAGACAAUCAUCAAGAUAUUGUAAAUUUGCAGGUUGGCAGACUCUGCAGGUUUUGUGUGGUUUUUAACUGCUUAGGUUUGAAAUUUAAUAGCAUCCCUUUAGAAAUAAGGGGCUUUUGCUGAGUAAACAGCCAUGAUGGGUUAUUUUUUCUGUACUGAAGCAGACAGACUUAGAACAAAGAUUUCUAUUUUAUUAACAGUAAUUCAUAUGAAUUUCACCACUUGGACCAGUGUUUAUUUUCUGUUAAUAAAAAUCAGUUUUGACAAAA